AUGGCGAACAUACAAUCACUACCCCCAGAACUGCUAAAGAAAUGCUUCAAAUACCUGUGUAUUACAGCCCUAUCUUCAGUUAACCCUGCUAUCAUGAAGUCACUCGCGCUGGUUUGUCGGGCCUGGAGAGGACCUGCCCAGGCAAUCCUAUUUUCAAAUGUCAAGAUCUCGCAAGCGCGACGUCUACGCCUGUUUCUUAUGCACGGGACACGCAUAGAACUAACUCAAGCAGUGAAGCGACUUCAAUUGUACGUGCAUGGAGACGGUGGAAACGCUACCAUUGCCCCUCGGGACGCAAUUACCCCAGGAGACCUCGCCAAGUUGCUCGGCUUCCUCCCAUCAAUUAUCGAAAUAGACGUAACUUUUGAACGGACAACGGUUCUGCACGACGCAACUCUCGAAAUGAUUGGGUUUUCGGAUGUACGGCCCAAAGCACUCCGGAUUGCCUGUAUGGCCUCCGAUCGUUCAAUAGUUGGGUCCCAGCUGUGCAGCAUCUGGCCGAGCGUAGAGCACGUCUCAUUGACCGGUAACGCCGAAAUUGUUCGAGCUUAUGGGGCAAGUAAGCCUCAAUUCGAGCUAUAUGAAUACGAGUGGAGAUGUACUCGCCCAGAAAGCGAAGAGCAUCUGCAGUGGAUACUAUACAACUCACGCCACUCCCUUCAGAUAUUAUCACUGAACAAUAUCUCGGAUGAUGUUGUUUUUCUGUGUAUGAUUCUACUCAAGUUACGAGACUCACUACGCUCCUUACGGAUACCCCGUGCUCCCAAGCGGCUACUCACUACGCUUUCCCAGCUUGAGAAAUUACAAGAAUUUAAAGUUACCGCGUCGAUUCCAACAAGGGAGACAUUAAAUGCUCUCCCACCUACGAUUGAACAUCUCGCGUUCGGCAUCAAACCUAAACCAAGUCGCCAGAGCUUGAUUCCUAAUGUUCCUAUUCCUUUUACCCCACCCUCCUCCACCACGACAUCAUCGCCGACUGUCACGUCCCCGACCAGGUCCCUUCCGUUUAGCAGCCCACGCACCUCGCCAGUUCAAACGAGGUCGAAAGCUGCCGCGGCAGUUGUUGGAACCCGUUCAGCUCCACGAAAGGAGAAUCCGACAUCAACUUCGUUGGAAGACAUACUCGAAUAUGUACGGAAAGCUCCUUCUUUGCGGACAGUCACGUACAGUUGGUGCGAGAGCGAAGGAUCCAGUGAUGUUGUUGGGCUCAAAGUACUUUGUGUCGAAAAGGGAAUAGAUUUGAGGUGCUUCAGACACGAAUUCGGGUGGUUCAGCGUAGCAGAGCGUGAAGAAAUGGUCAAGUGCGACACAUUCCCUAGAUAUGUCCCUAUUUCCAAGGCACACAGCCGUGUUCCUUCCACGCCAUACGCUCCUUGA